UUUCCUGUUCCCAUCACGCCUUUCAGGUUCUCUUCCACGCUAUGGUGAGAGAUAAGCAUGGCAGGAAGAUGAGUAAAUCCCUGGGAAAUGUCAUCGACCCUUUAGAUGUGAUACAUGGGGUCUCUCUGGAGAGACUUCAAGAGAAAGUGCAGGAGGGAAACCUGGAGCCCCGGGAGCAUCUGGUUUCCAUGGAAGCGCAGAGGAACGACUUCCCCAAAGGGAUCCCUCAGUGUGGGACCGAUGCACUGAGAUUUGCCCUCUGCUCUCACAAGAUGCAGGGAGAGGACAUCAGUCUGUCCAUAUCUGAGGUCCUGAGCUGCCGACACUUCUGUAACAAGAUGUGGCAGACGCUGAAGUUCACACUGGGAGUGCUGGGGGACAGCUCCACACCAAUCACAACACUGGAGCAGACGGCAGCAGUGGGCAGCAUGGAGCGCUGGGUCUGCUCCCGGCUGUACAGCACCGUGCUGCAGUGUGAGCAGGGCCUGGAGGCCUCUGAGCUGCACACAGUCACCUCAGCCCUGCACUCCUUCUGGGUGCACAGCCUAUGUGACGUCUACAUGGAGUGUGUGAAGCCUGUGCUGGCGCUGCCCCCGGACACAGAGCAGAGUGUGGGGGCUCAGCAGGGGGUCCGCAGCGUCCUCUUCCACUGUGUGUCCAUGUCUCUCGCCCUGCUCUCCCCCUUCAUGCCCUUCAUCACUGAGGAGCUGUGGCAGAGGCUCCAGCCCUUCAGCCCUGCUGCUGCCGCUGUCCCCCCCACCCUGUGUCUGCAGCCGUACCCCCGCUCCUCCCAGCUGGCACACUGGCACUUCCCUGACGAGGAGAGAGACUUCCUGUUGGUGCAGGAAGUGAUCCGAGCGGCCCGAUCGCUACGAGCCCAGUGUGGCAUGACCAAAGUAAAACCUGCCAUGUGGGCGGUGUGCUCCCCCAGCCAGGCUCAGGUCCUGCUUCACUUCGGACCAGCUGUCUGGACUUUAAGCCGCACCUCCAGCCUCCAUAUCCACUGUCCUGAUGGAGCAGAGUGCCCCCCCGCUCUCCUCUCCACCCCCCCACCUACAGGCAGCCUGGUGGCUGUGGUGGACCACACCUGUCAGCUACACCUCCACAUCCAGAGUGGAGUGGACGUGGACAAACAGGUGCAGCAGCUGUCCCUGCGCAGAGACAGACUCCUCCCAAAGCUGGAGCAGCUCCUCCUCAGGCAGCAGGAGCAGGCCUCCCAGAGCAAGGUUCCUGCUCACAUCAGGGAGCAGACGGACAGCAAGACGUCGGCCCUGCAGCAGGAGGUGAACACCAUCGAGGAGCAGCUGAAGCUCCUGCAGGAGACGCAGACACAGAAUAACAGGAUCUACUGACGGAGAUGAUGAAUUAUUUCUAACAUCUGCUGGAUGAGAGAGGCACUAAACAAUAUCACAUCAUGAUGUUAACAUAAUGCAGGACUGUACUCUGUUACUAAGGACCUGCAGGUGGAGUUGUGCUGGAUGUUGCUAUGGAGAGGUUUCUCCUGUAUAGCACGUUUUUGUGUCAUGCCCUUGCAUUGUGAUCACUAACUUUAUUUUCUGUCAACACUGAUCAUUGUUUUUAAAAUGAUGUCAUCUUUUCUCCAUCUUGACUAAAUGUGUGUCAAUGUUGUGAAUGUCAGAAUUGUGUCACCUGAGUAAUCAGGGUCCAACACAUCAGGAGGAAUUAUGCAUAAAUACAAUCAAUAAAUCCACGUUUUUAAGGGGA